AUUGCUCCCCCGAUGGCCUUGGAGCCGAUCACCCUGUCCUGUGCAACCGAUCCCCACCAUGUAAACCACAAUUACACGUUCCAGGCUAUGAGACAGGUAAAUAUAAAGGCAGUCGCACGACCGUGUUCAGCUACUAGUCCGUCUGCUUCCAACGACCGGUUCUCGCUAGUAAAUCGGCCAAUUUUAUAGUCCGAUUGACCUACCGGUCACGCGUUCCAGAUAAAACUUUAAACGUUUUACCGACUUGCUCUCCGAGAGCCUGAAUCUUCUGCUCACGAUCGCGUAACAGUAAUUCGGAGGAUUGCCUGAUCGAGGGAAAGGUGAGAAGAUGACGAUCGAUCGGAGUAUCGGGAAGUUGACACUGAUCUUGAUCGUGGUGUCGUUGACCUUCGCGAGCGAUCUGUGGCCUUCGUGCACCGGGAAAACCAUGAUAAGAUCAGCAGAAUUAUCCUGCGAGGAGAAACAGACAAUCUUAGACGAGCAUAAUCGCCUGAGACAAUUAAUAGCUCUGGGCCAGGUCAGUGGACAGCCCAGCGCUGCCAAUAUGAGGGAAAUGAUCUGGGACGAUGAGUUAGCUACGAUGGCACAGAAAUGGACAAAUCGGUGCGCCGAAGUUCACGACGAUCACAGACACAUCCGAAGGUUCCCAGUGGGACAAAAUAUGGCUCGAACAUGGACGAGGCCCGCGGGAUCCUCCGACGAACGGCCAAACUGGCGUCAGAGUAUUUACAGCUGGUUCAACGAGGUGCAACACUAUCGCGCUGGCUACAGUGAAACCACCGGCCAUUACACACAGCUCGUCUGGAGUGACACAUACCUCGUGGGCUGCGGCUACUCCUUCUAUUACGAUCCUGCCCAAGGCUACACCAAGAACUACGUCUGCAACUACGGGCCCAGCGGGAACGUACUCGGCUUUGAACCGUAUCAAUCGGGGCGGCCUGCCUGUGGCAAUUACGGAAUGGUUUAUUCAAAUCGAUACGCGGGCCUUUGUUCUGGAGAACACUACUAUUACCUGGGAGCACUGUGCAGCUACGGUUGACGAUUUUCAUCACUGGACAGCGAUGCACAAAAUGAUACAAUUGGCUUAUCAAGGAACACACACGUCAAAGCUGAUCGAUAGACCGUUUCUAUCUGAUUCGCUUCACUAUUCUAGUCUCUGAAAGAUAG